UGGCUGAGUUGCUGUUCCCAAUUGCUGCCACUUUGUUAUAAAACCACUAACAGUUGACUGUGGAAUAUUUAGUAGCAAGGAAAUUUCACUGAUGGACUUAUUGUACAGGCAGCAAUCUAUCACGGUAACACGCUUGAAUUCACUGAGCUCCUGAGAGCAACUGAUUCUGUCACAAAUGUUUGUCGAAGCAGUCUGCAUGCCUAGGUGCUUGAUUUUAUACACCUGUGGCCAUGGAGGUGAUUGGAACACCUGUAUAUACUGUGUGUGUGUAUAUAUAUAUAUAUAUAUAUAU